GCUGAACACGUCGUGUUGACUCUCUCGAGAGGCGGACGGGUACGUGCCGCCCCUCCAUCCAUUCUAGCCUUCUAAUCUAAAAGCAUCCACGGGCUCUCUGGUGCGCUGCUUCUCGACUAGACGCCUCCUCCGGGGAACCCUCGUACAGGGCGGCGCGGGCCACAGCUCCAUAUUCCGGUCGACGGCGAGUCCACGAAGCAUCGGACGCCGGCGACGACACUGCAAUCCGGCGGUCCUGGCAGCAGGUGAAAGGGCCUAUUUGGUGUAAGAAUUUAUAUAUCCGCCCACUCAUUUAGUCAUCUGCAUCUUCUAAGUUGGGUGAAAAAAUAUGGAUGACGGGGAGAUAGAGCUUUCCAGCCAAAUGAUGUUUCCAAAUCCAGAGAUUCCAACCAGCCUUGAUGACUUCCUGCCAAGCAUCAGGACAACAUGCACACACACUCAUACUUGCAACCCGCCUGGUCCAUCGGCAACAGAGCACACCCAUACAUGCUACCACACUCACACCCGUGUCUUCAGCUCAGAUGAUGAUAGUUGUGGAGGUGACAAAGCCAAGCCAAAGAAGAGCCGCAAGCCAUUGGGCAACCGCGAGGCUGUCCGCAAAUACCGGCAGAAGAAGAAGGCUCAUACAGCACACUUGGAAGAGGAAGUGAAGAGGCUCCGUGUCAUUAACCAGCAGCUGGUGAAGAGGCUGCAAGGGCAGGCUGCACUUGAGGUGGAGGUGGUACGGUUGAGGUCGUUACUGGUGGAUGUGCGAUCGAGGAUCAAUGGUGCAUUGGGUAGUUGCCCGAUCCAAGCACAAUGUGGAGUUGAUAAUGUUUUGGGUUGUGAUGGAAUGGCUCAGUGCUUUGCUGGAAAGCCGGAGUUGGGUGUGAGACAGAGUUGUGCACCUUCUACAGUGAAUUGCCAUAUCAGCUCGGAUUCAGGGCAGAACCUGGUGGUGCCCCAUGCUUUAAGCCCUAGCGAUGUUAUUGGAAGCUUCAUGGUCUCAUCUACCUCAAAGGAUGAGUAGAUAUUGUAGGUAUUAUUUUGUUGAGUAAAUUGCAUAUUGGUCCAUGUUUUUUAACCAUGGUUUCACAUUGGACCACCAUUAACUGAAUGCUUUCACUUUACACCAGAUUUUAUUACCAAAAUGUAUCACUUUGGACCAGUGGUCCACUUGCCAGUGUGGCUGAGGGGAAAAAAAAAAGGAAACUUCUCGGUUGGGAAGGAACCAGCGAGUCCGCUGACUCAUCUCCUACCACACCGUUGAUCUCUUUCCAACUUCACCCAACCAUCUCAUGGCGGUGUGGGCAGAGAUCACGCUAAAGCCUUGGGGGCAACAUGGGGAGCUUGUGACUGGAAAGACUCGUGUGGAGGUCGAUGUUAGGCGACGUGAGCAAAGAGGAGCUCGUGUACGUCCAGGUACAGCAGAAGUCGAGUCACGGAGGCGACGGCGGUGGAGAGGAGCUUGAGCUCCGGGAUGGCGCGCGGGCAUCGGAGUAGCCGUGGAGAUCGAGGUUGAACCGGGACGGCAGAGAGGAGCUUGAGCCCAAGUACGAUGUGCUAGUGCUACUGAAUAUCGAGGUCAAGCGAGGUGCGACGACGGCGGAGAGGAGCUCUAGCUCGGGGACGACGUGCGGGCGUAGGUGAAGAACGAAGUCAAGCUAGCGAGGGCCGACGGCGGCGGAGAAGAGCUCGAGCUUGAGGACGGCACGCUGGGGCGACGGAGCCACGUAGGUCAAGCUGGGGUGGUGGAUAGGAGCUCGAGCUCAAGGACAGCUUGUGGGUGCUGAUGCCUGCUGGUGCCUGGAGGUCGACGUCGAGCGGGGGGAGACACGGCAGAGGUCAAGGCCGGGGGUGGCGCGUCGGCAUGGGACUAUGGGAGAGUUCGAGGUCAAGACGGGGCAUCAACGUCGAGCGGGGAGAGACACGGCAGAGGUCAAGGCCGGGGGUGGCGCGCCGACAUGGGACUAUGGGAGAGCUCGAGGUCAAGACGGGGCAUGACGACAGCGGAGAUUGAAAUCGAGACUGGGAAAUGCGUGUGUGCGGGAACAGGCGGAAGUCGAGGUCGAGCCACCGGACGACAUCGGCGGAGAUUGAAAUCAAGCCAGGGAAUGGCGUGCGAGUGCGGGCGGAAGUCGAGAUCAAGCCACCAGACAUCGAGCUUGAGCCUGAGACCGGCCGGCACGACGGGAACAAAAGUCGAGCUAGUGUGACGCCGUGUUGGCGGAGGUUGACCCCGUGCUGGCUGGACUACGAGCUUGAGAUGCGCGGGCGUCAGCUCUGUUAUAUAUGCUCGAGCUCUCUUAGGCGUCGUGGUCUUUGUGGUCUACAGCCAUCGAUGAAAACAGUUGGAGAUGAUCAGAUAGGGAUGAGAGAUUGGCUCUGAGAGACUGACUAUGGGCCAUACGCCCAAAGUGAAAGGUUUUGGUAUAAAAUCUGGCCUAAGGUGAAAACAUUAUAUUAAGGGUAGCCCAAAGUGAAACCAUGGUAAAAAAAUAUAGUCCAACAUGUAAUUUACUCUAUUUUGUUUCUAGCCUUUUUAUCAGAAGAUAAGACAGUAGUAUUACAGUGCCGUGGAGCCUGGAGGGUUGAUGCCUCGUUUCCUAGGUGGCAUUUUACCCCUGAAAUCUGGUGCAAGUUAGUAAUUAGUUUUCAGGUUCAUUAUCAAAUACAAAUUUUUGGUUUCUACGUAGUGUAAAAUGUCUUUGGUUUCUAUGCAGUGUAAAAUACACAUUUCCCCCUCUUUUCCAGAGAUAAUGUUCAGUUUUAGGAAUUUGUGUUUUAGGAGCUGUUAA